AUGACAGAUCGCAUCCCACCAUACGACAUCCCCGAGCCAACUCCCAUGGCCAAGCAAGACGUCAGGGACAAGUAUGCUCGCUUCGAAUCGCUGCGAGCUCAGCUUGCCACCAUCUUUCGUGGUCAGAUCGCCAUCCGUGGUGAACCUCUCUUUGCUAAGAGCAUCACAAUCUUUAACGAUGCUGCUCCAUUGGGUGGCUGGAUGGUCACCAUGCCUGUCGAUGUUCAAGACGUUUCCGCUCUGGUCAAGUUCUGCGCUACUCACCGUCUCUCGCCAUCCAUCAAAUCCGGAGGUUUUGCCACUGCUGGUUGGGCCAUUCAGGGUGAGGUGGUCAUCGACACUAGUCUCAUGCAUGACAUCAAGCUUGUCGUGCCCAACUCGAUACCAUCCCGAGUUGGCGCUGGCGCUGUACCAGAUUCAUCACCGUUGACCGUUCCCUCUACAGGGCUCGCUACUUCUUACCAGCCAAGUAACCUUUGCCUUAACCGCUCUGACGCUGCUUCCAGAUCGUCGAGCGCCUCGUCUUCUCAGCAGCAGCCCCCAUUAGCAGCAUCUGCUAGCUCGCCAACCUCGGCCUUCGCUGUCCCACCACCAUCAGCAGCAAUCGAUCCCAUCACCGCUCAAGCCGACUCCAACUCGAUCACCCUUCAGAGCGACUCUGUCCUCCGUGCAGCAGACCAACUCACUAUUCAGCAGAACCAUAAUUCAUCCGCGACCCCUCUCCAGGAUCCGGCCACCAUGUCCAAAAACUUCAAGGAUGACUCCUCCGAAGAUGUCGACCCGCAGGAUGCUCCUAAGAAUGCAUUGAAGCGUAAGCCACGCGAGUCGGACGAUGCCUACCUCGCUACGCUCUCGGAUGUCGACAAUGCCAACUUCAGCGCCUCCCAGUAUACAUCUACCCCAAAGCGCAGGACGGAAGAUAGCAAUCUGUUGUAUCCCACAUUGCAGGAUGCAACCAACGAUGCCAAGUCGCGGUCACAAUCAAUGCAGCAGGAUCAAAGUCAUGAGUGUGGCGCAGAUGCAGACAGCGAGAGCUCCUAUGCCAGUUCAACGCAUCAGCACCAGGACCAAGAACGUGACAAUGAUAACGAGCAGGAACGCGAGCAGCCAAGUAACGCUGCUGCCUCUAGUCUUACCAACAGCGACGUACGGCGUGUGGCCGCUUCCAGAAGUGACUUCCUUGACGCUUCCGAGCCGCCUGAUACUGCGCCGCUCUACCCGACUGCCAGAUCUUCCUCUUCGCUUCCAUCCGUUGCACCCCUUCCCGCAAAGAUCUGGGUCGACAGACAGCCUGAUCUGUCGGGCAAUGCAUCCGACUCACCUGGUGGUGGUAGCAACUCUGGCUCCAACAGUGGUGGCAGCUCUUCGCACCUCGCAUCUAGUUUCACUUCGGCUUCGAAGCAGUCGUCCGCCAAAUCUUCGAAUGCAGGUUGCGACCGCGACCAUGCCGACAUCAAAACAGACGCAGAUGCCAUCGGUAGCGUCAUUACUGAUAAUGUCGGCGACGAGUCACUGCCUUUCAAGCGUCGCUCCUUGAUCUCAAUGCCGAAGCCUGAGGGUGGGCGCAGAUCUACAUCGCAGCGUCGCUCUGCCUCUCGUUCGAAUUCAGCAUCUGGGUCUGGUUCAGCUUCAGAUUCAGGAUGCUAUCGACGCCGUGUCUCCAACAGCCAAACACUAGAUGAUUGGGACAUGAGUGCCAGUGCAGAGCAUUCACCAUGGCACAGAAACCACAGACCGCCCGCCGACACUUCAAGCGAGAAGCUCAAGCUUCCUCAAGGUGGAUUCGUGUGGCGAAGCGACGGUGCAGAAGCCGGUAUCUCGAGUAUUUCAACUGCACCUGGUUCGCUGCCAUGGGACGCAAAAGCAUUUGCAGCUGAUCCUGAAGCUGCCCUGUGUCAAUCCAAUUCGCGCAGUUGCCGCUCUUCUUCGGGCGAAGAUUCGUCCAACGAGAUGGAUUCAGGUCGACCCAGCGGCGCGACGGGCUACUUUGGCGCCUCGACGCUCAGCGACUUGCAAGAUGCAUGGCCAUCCAGCACUUGGGCUGUGAAUCAAGAUGCCAGCAACGAUUCCAGCUGCAACUUGCCGCGCUUCAUCCCGUCGCCAUUGCCAAAGUACGGCUCGCCAUCGCCGACUCCACAGCUUCCUGACGCCUCGACCCCGUUCAACUUUGAUUCGCGUUUGGAAGGGUCUCACCAGCAAGCAACGGCCAUCCUGUCUCCCGGCGUGUACAAAGACAAGUAUGCACUGGCAUCAUUUGGCCCGGGCGUAGGCAUUCGAGGUCUUGAUGCCUUCACAGACCGCGCAGGACGGCAAGGUAACUUGCUCGCUGCAAUGGAUGAGAAGAACAAAGGCAAGAGUGGGCAGGUGGAGCAAGAUGAUCCUAUGCCACCACUCGUUGUCAAUGGUGUGCCAUACCACGUGCCUGUUUCGGCGUAUCCUGUCGGUUCGACAGCCAUGACGACUGGUGGGUUCGGAUACCUGACGCGAGCUUACGGUCUCUCGCUCGACAACAUUGUCCAAGUCGAGAUGGUUUUGGCGGAUGGCAGGAUCAUGACGCUCAAUGACGAGUCCAGGCACAAGUCGCAGGAAGAGCAGGACUUGUGGUGGGCUGUACGAGGUGCAGCGCCUUGUUUUGGCAUUGUCACUCGACUCACCGCUAAGGCAUACCCUGUGCCAUCCGUCUACUCGGGCAACCUCAUCUACCCCCUCAAUCCAGCAACGGCGAGCUCGCUCAUUCGACAUUGGCGAGACUGUCUCAAGGCUGGACUUCCACGGAACUUGUACACGAACCUCAUCCUCACUGCUGGACCGAGCAAGACAUCGCAUGUCAUCGUCAUUCAGGUCUGUUACCUCGGCCCAAAAUUGGAUGGUGAAGCACUUGUCCAAGCCAUCAGCAGUUGGACUGGAGAGAGGCUCUUGUUGAAGGAUGUGGAAGAACGCAGCUUCCUCUCGCAGCAAGAUGGUGUUGCAAAGGUUCUCAAAGGUGGCACUGGUCGACGAUGGAUGGUGCGUGGAGACCUCAUUUCGACACUGACUGAUGAUGUGAUUGCCAAGAGUGUUCGCAACUUCCAAAGCCUCGGUAGCCGAGCAGUGUGGCUCUUCGAACUCAUGGGUGGAGCAGUGCAAGACAGUCCUGCAGACGAGACUUGCAUCUGCCCCGAAGCACGAGCAGCCAAGUUCACCGUCGGAUCCUUGCAGCAAUGGAGUGGCAAAGCAGAGGAUCGAACUUGUAUUGAAAGCGUCGAGCGCUGGCUGAACGAGGUGGUGAACAAGGUCAGUGUCGGUGGGCCGUAUCCUUGCUUCUUGGGCAGAUCCGAGAGGAUGGAUCGCGUCAUCGGUGCAUACGGGCUUGACAACUUCACGAGGCUGUUGGAAAUCAAGAAGCGUGUCGACCCAAACAACAUGUUCAGACAUACCUUCGCACAUGGCUUCGUCGUAGAUGACCCCGACAAGCUGCUGCAAGAGCUCGAUGAGAGGCAGAGACACCGAACAAGGGUGCAAGAAGCUCAAGCUCAUCAAGCCGCACAGGCUAACGGCCAGACCAUGUCCUCGCAGGAGUGA